GAGGACUUCAGACGGAGGCUCAAAUACUUCUUCAUGAACCCCUGUGAGAAAUACAGAGCCAGGGGUCGCAAACCAUGGAAACUGAUGUUACAAAUAUUAAAAAUUGCAAUCAUCACAGUCCAGUUGGUCUCUUUCGGCCUGAGCAACGAAAUGAUGGUCACCUUCAAAGACGAAAAUCUGAUGACAUUCAGACAUCUGUUUCUAAAAGAAUACAAGGAUCACCGGCUGGGAAACUACGCACUGUACACGAAAGCAGAUGUGUAUGAUCACAUCUACUACAUUAUCGACAGGUACAUUAAUCUCCAAAACUUGACUGUAGGCAAUCUGGCAUACGACAGUGCUGAUGGCAAGUACACUCCUCUGUCUGUCUGUCAAGAGUUUUACAGAAACAGCAGCAUCGAUCCUGGAAAUGAGACCUUUGAUAUUGAUCCACAUAUUGCUAAAGAAUGUAUUUCCAUAUAUCCUGUGCAGUCGUUCGACAACCAUAGCAGUUUUGCCACACAUGUGAACUUCUCGUUAGAUUUCAAAAGGCUGCUAUCGGUGAACAUCUACCUUGCUCUGAAAACAAUCAACCUGCAGACUGUGCGGCACCACGAGCUACCAGACUGUUAUGAAUUCCAUAUAAUGAUAAAGUUUGACAAUCGUGCACACAGCGGAAAGAUAAAGGUUAAGGUCGAAAAUGAUGCAAGAAUUUAUGAAUGCAGAGACUGGAAUGUGGAAGGUGCAUCUGGUCAGAACGACUACCUCCUCCUGUUAUUAGAUUCUGUGGUCAUCCUCGCCUGCUUCAUCUCUCUCAUCCUCUGCAUGCGAUCCGUCAUCAAUGGCAUCCAACUCCAGUUUGAGUUCAACAUAUUCUUCCAUGCCUACUACAAUAAAAUUGUGUCUUGGUCAGACCGCAUGGAAUUUGUGAACGGCUGGUAUAUCCUCAUCAUCGUGAGUGACACAUUGUCCAUCACUGGGUCAGCGCUCAAAAUUGGAAUACAAACAAAGUACCUGACAAACUAUGACGUCUGCAGUAUCUUGCUCGGUACAGCCACAAUGCUUGUCUGGGUCGGCGUGAUUCGUUACCUUGGUUUCUUCAAGAAAUACAAUAUAUUAAUCUUAACUCUAAGGGCAGCAUUCCCAAAUGUGAUCCGAUUCUGCUGUUGUGCAGCCAUGAUCUACCUCGGGUACUGUUUCUGUGGCUGGAUCGUCCUUGGGCCUUACCAUGACAAAUUUCGAACGCUCAACAAGGUGACAGAGUGCCUCUUCUCUCUCAUCAACGGGGACGACAUGUACGCCACCUUCCUGAAGAUGAGACACAAGGGCUACAUGGUGUGGCUGUUCAGCAGACUUUACCUCUACUCCUUCAUCUCCCUCUUCAUCUACAUGGUGCUCAGCCUCUUCAUCGCUCUCAUCACUGACACCUAUGAGACCAUCAAGCAUAACCAGCAAGACAAGGUGCCAGUGUCCCAGCUUCAGGCUUUCAUAGCCGAGUGCAGGGAUCAGCCUGAGUCUGGAAGAUACCAGACUGAUGAAGAGCCAGCUGCCUGCUGUCUCUCUCCAUGCUGCUGCUUUGGAUGACGUGAGAAGAUGGUGGCUUUUAUCUUUGUGUGGACAAAGAGUUUGCGUAUCAUGAGACUGAAUAAGACCGCAAAGAGUCCUGACUGUCUGCAUGGAUAAUUUGAUUAUACUGAUGCCUGAUGUGAAUGCUAGAAUAUCUUCUUACUCAAGUAGAAU